UUUGCCAGAAAACACAUCUUAUGCUCAAUCUAGGAUGAAAACAGAUGCCACAGGCUUAAAUUUAAUUACUGAGAUGGAGGACAUAGUAGGUCUUUCUGCUUUUCAAAGGGAGGCUGAGCAAAUUGAUGCUUCAUUUCCAUCCACAAGUAUUGAGAUGGAGGACAUAGUAGGUCUUUCUGCUUUUCAGAAAGAGGCUGAGGAAAUUGAUGCUUCAUUUCCAUCCACAAGACAAAAAAUGGAACCAAGAGUGAGCAAAGAAACCAAUGAUGAAGGGAAGUCGGAAUCUUCACUGCUCCUAAAAGUGGUCAAGUUCAUUUUUUGCCUGCUUGGUUAUAAGAGAGAGUAGUUCUACAGUUCAUAAGCACCCUCCAACUAAAUUCCAACUGGAUAGCCACAGUCCCUGGAGUUGGUCUUUCAUUUAGGCCUUUCUUCUGUUUUGUACAAUUGCAUGGCACAUUUUGGUUGAUUAAUUUUGGUGACAUCAGCCUUGGCAGAAAUGUACUUCUUAGUAUUAGAUCAACUUUAUAAUUUU